UGCGCAGUCGAAGAAGCCACAGCAUCUACAGCUUUACCAAAAGAUGCUGAGGAUGAUAUCUUGUUUACGGUGAAGACGGCCUGUGAGGCAAUCCAAGCCUGGAAGAGCCAUCAGCUACGUAUGGUCCACCAGGAUGGUGCACGAACAGACAUUAUCGAGAACCUUGAUAGUGAGUCGGUGCUAGUUUGGCAGGACUUUGCCAUGAAGUUUCUACCCGUACAGUACCGAGAGUCCCAGGCAGACUUCUUUGGUAAAAGGGGUAUAUCCUUGCAUGUUACUGUUUGUCAAACCAGGAGGGAUGGAGUGGUCUACACCCAAACAUUUGUCCGGGCAGCAAGACAGUAGCACUGUUGUCACGGUAAUGGAGCACGUUUUGGCGACAAUGAAGAAAGAACAUCCAGAGAUCAUACAGACAAGACAACGCUGGAUGCUACCACAGCGCAUCUACUAUUCUGGCCUGCAAUCUUUUACGGCAAAGGACGGGAAUCAACCUCGAACGGUUUGACUUCUGUGAUCCACAGGGUGGAAAGGGUCCCUGUGACCGAAAAGCCGCCCAGAGGAGAUGGAGCGAGCUAUUCUGUCCGAAGGUGGUAUCGAUGGCCUGUGCGUGUAGCGUUGGUUUGUCAUACAAGCCAAAAGCCACGAGCCCCGAAAUGGGAGGGAAUAAGUUCAUUAAUGAACUUCGAAUUCUCUAAGGAUGGAAUCCUUGCUCACAAGGCCUACAACAUCGGCGCAGGAAGGUUUUGGCCAUGGUCAACUUUCACAGCCCUACCAGUGGAAGCUGGGUAUUGGUGGGCAGAGUCCACAUUCAGUGACGGCGACUUUGUCAAAGUGAGCCACCGAGUAGAAAAGAAACCAACAGAUGUCCCACAGACGGAGCUAGACGAGGAAGAAGACGGCAACGACAGCAAUAACCUGUUUGCUUGCCCAGAAGGCGGAUGCGUAAGAUCGUACAUGACGUAUAGGGGCCUGUCUUGGCAUAUCAUUCAUGGUAAGCACACCUACCACCCUGAGCGAUUCACGCUUGGAGACGCGGCAAAGCGAAGACAGGCUAAACGGCUCGAGGCAGGAGCAACGCGUAAUGUGACAUCAGCGCCUAGUACUGCAGCCUCAACCUCUGAUGUACUGCCACUUCCAUCUGGUUGGGCUCAUCGUGAAACACACAAACGCCACGCCCGAUUCUCGAGAAGCAAAGAUCUUUCCUUGAAAGAGUUUUUCAAGACGGCAAGGAGAGCGGAAGUAAGACGUCACCAGAAACGGCUGCAAAGGAAAUGCGUGCGACGAGGGAUGCUGACGGUCGGCGUGUGUUUAGCGUCGAGGAGUUUCUUAGACCUUCCCAGAUCGGUGCGUUCUUUUCUCGCCUUGCAACUAGCAAGAGACGCCAAGUAGACAUGGAUGAUUAACUACCACAGAGACUCGCCUCAGUCCACGAAGAAGUUCUACAUGCACUGCAAAACACACCUGACCACCCAGUUCUCUUCUCCGGGAAAAACUUGUGCUGUCUUUCUUACGAAGACAUCGACGCACUAAAGAUGGUCCAACUUCGGGGAAUGGUCGCUCAUUUUGGACUUAACAUGAAAGCCAGAAAAGAUGAUGUCAUCGUCCACGCUGUAGUUCAUUAUUUAGAUAAAUGUCCGUGUAAAGGUUCCUCAUACUAGUUUGUUGUUGUCUUGUUUUAGUUCAGAGCGAUUCA